AUGAUGUUAGAAAAUGGAGGUAAAAAGCCGCUCAAUAUUGCAGUGGUCGGUGGUGGUCUGGUAGGAUCUCUAGAAGCUCUAUAUUUGGCCAGAAGAGGGCAUAAUAUUACGCUUUACGAAUAUCGCGAAGAUAUACGAAAAACCCCACAAGUCAAGGGUAGAUCCAUCAACUUAGCAUUAUCAGUGCGCGGACGCCGAGCGUUAAAGGAUGUCGGCCUCGAAGAUAUUAUGGUAAAAGAACAUGGUAUACCAAUGAGUGCUCGAAUGAUACAUAGACCGGAUGGAUCAACAUAUUCAAUUCCAUACGAUGCUCGUACAAACCAGAGCAUUUAUUCAGUAGGACGAAAUUAUUUGAACAGCAUUCUCCUAAAAGAAUCCGAGAAUUAUAAAAAUGUGACAAGGAAUUUCAAUCACAAACUUGUUGAAACAAAUUUGCCAAAUGGCGAACUAUCUUUUAUCAAAACGGAUACGAAGGAGAAGGUUUCGGUAAAAGCUGAUCUAAUCAUUGGUGCUGACGGGGCAUUCUCUACUGUCCGCCGAGCAAUGCUUAAACAGCCCUUGUUUGACUUCAGUCAGCAGUACAUAGAACACGGUUACUUGGAGUUGUGUAUACCGCCCGGUAAAGAUGAUGGAUUUCAGAUGCCGCCGAAUUAUCUUCACAUCUGGCCUCGCGGUAACUUCAUGAUGAUUGCCCUUCCAAACCAGGACUGUUCCUGGACGGUGACAUUGUUCAUGCCGUUUGUGAAUUUUAGAAGCAUUGACUCAGAGAGCAAACUUCUCGAAUUCUUUGACAAAUACUUCCCGGACUCUGUCCCUUUGAUCGGCGAAAAGAAAUUGAUCCAGGAUUAUUUUAAUGGGUCUCCCUCACCGCUUAUUACAGUCAAGUGCCGUCCGUACCACGUAUCAGACAAGGCUCUUAUAAUAGGUGACGCAUCACAUGCAGUAGUGCCAUUUUAUGGCCAGGGCAUGAACGCUGGCUUCGAAGACUGCACAAUAUUGGAUCAGCUAUUUAAAAAACACAGCGACAACCUCGCUGAUAUACUACCAGAGUUUUCUAAUACAAGAUGGAAGGAUGCAUUUGCAGUUUGCGAUCUAGCUAUGUACAAUUAUAUCGAGAUGCGUGAUCUCGUAACAAGACCAUCGUAUAGACUCCGCAAAGCAAUGGACGACAUGAUAUUUUGGUUUUUGCCAGAUCUAUGGGUGCCUCUGUACAACUCUGUUACAUUCAGCACAAUGCCUUACAGUGAUUGCGUCAAGAAUCGCCAAUGGCAAAAUAAGGUGUUGGCUGUAUCCCUAAUGUUUCUUGGUAUUCUAACAUUCAUACUUCUCUGUUUUUAUCGGCGAUAA